AUGUACCAGCGGGCACUGGAGGGAAGAGAGAAAUCAUUCGGCCGGGAUUAUGUUGACACACUCGAUACUGUCAAUAGCUUAGGCAGUCUCUAUGUUAAACAGGGCAGGAUGGCAGAAGGCGAAAAGAUGUACCAGCGGGCACUGGAGGGAAGAGAGAAAUUUUUUGGCCGGGACCAUGUUGACACACUCGAUACUGUCAACAGCUUAGGCAGUCUCUAUGUUAAACAGGGCAGGAUGGCAGAAGGCGAAAAGAUGUAUCAGCGGGCAGUGGAGGGAAGAGAGAAAUUAUCUCGCCGUGAUCAUGUUCACAAAAUUGCGCAGGCUUUUACAGCAAACAGGGCAAGCUAG